CAUUCCCCCAGUAUGUGCUGUCAUAGCCCUCCCACUCCUGCGACUGGUUCAUGUGUGCGUGUGUCGCCACUUUUUCCUCUGGCAAAAGCAGAGAGACGGAGCGCUUGGCUGCAAAGAGCCUGGGCUGCAGACCCCAAAUCAGAACUGAGCAGGGUGUAGAAAGGAAGCAGAAAAGGAAACUUUUUCCCAUAGCUUUUCUCCUUCUCCUACCCCCCACAACCAUAUUUUUAAAUCCAGUUUUGGGAGCUCUGCAUGCAAAACUCUUCGGGAGGUCUUACUUUUUUUAACAAGGGAUUUGCAGCAAAGCAUCCUCUUGUAUCCAGCUGCUGUUUCCUCUCCGGACCUUCUUCCAUCCAUCCAUCCAUCCAUCUUUCUCUCUCUCUCUGGAGGCAGAUUUGAUUGCAAAACUCCAAAGUUUGGAAGACAAAAAAAACCUUCUAUAACAGUCGAGCAUAAAAACAAAGAGAAAAAAGCAAGAAGGACUUGAAGCGAGUUUAGCUAACAGUAAAUCAGUUCGACAGCUUCAGCUUGAAUUCUGCAUUGUUUGAUCAGUCGAAUUCUCUGAAGACCCUGGCUCCUGUAAAAAUGUCCGAAGAGGUGCAGCCAGAUUCAAGUCUGCAGAUACCGGGUGGAAGUUUAUCCGUUCCUUCUUCGCCCGCCACCGCCAGGAAUGACUGCAGCAUCACACCGCUCACACCCUCGCCUUCACCGAGGGUGGAGCUCAGACCCAGGUUGGCUUGUCCAUUCUCUGUUGUCGUUGCCAUAGACUUUGGGACGACCUCCAGCGGCUAUGCCUUCAGCUUCACGCAGGACUCCGAAGCCAUACACAUGAUGAAACGCUGGGAGGGCGGGGACCCCGGAGUGGCCAAUCAGAAGAGCCCGACGUGCUUGCUGCUGACUCCUGAACUGCGGUUCCACAGUUUUGGGUUUGCGGCGCGAGAUUUCUACCACGACUUAGAUCCAGAGGAGGCCCAGCACUGGCUUUACUUUGACAAAUUCAAAAUGAAGAUCCACAGCACGAGUGACCUGACAAUGGAGACGGAGCUGGAGGCCGUUAACGGUCGGAAGGUCAGGGCCAUCGAUGUGUUCUCCCACGCGCUCCACUUCUUCAGAGAACACGCUCUGAAGGAGGUGAAGGACCAGUCUUCGUCGGUGCUGGAAGGAGAGGAAAUCAGAUGGGUGAUCACCGUCCCAGCUGUGUGGCGACAACCGGCCAAGCAGUUCAUGAGAGAGGCCGCGUACCUGGCCGGGCUGGUGUCUCCCGACUGUCCCGAGCAGCUCCUCAUCGCCCUGGAGCCCGAAGCCGCCUCCAUCUACUGUCGCAAACUCCGGCUCCACCAGGUGAUCGACCUGAGCAUGCAGCCAAUCACAAACGGCCUGGACCUGGACGGGACCCGCCCCUUUGACUCCAGCUUUAGACAGGCGAGGGAGCAGCUGAGGCGAUCCAGACACAGCAGGACCUUUCUGGUGGAGAGUGGGACUGGGGAGCUGUGGUCCGAGCUGCAGACCGGCGACAGGUACGUCGUGGCAGACUGUGGAGGAGGAACAGUCGACCUGACCGUCCAUCAGAUCGAGCAGCCGCAGGGAACGCUGAAAGAGCUCUACAAAGCCUCAGGCGGUCCGCACGGCGCGGUCGGGGUCGACCUGGCCUUCGAAGCCAUGCUGUGCCAGAUCUUCGGCGAGGACUUCAUUCACAGCUUUAAAGCCAAGCGGCCGGCAGCCUGGGUGGACCUCAUGAUUGCGUUCGAGGCGAGGAAACGGACCGCGUCGCCAGGAAGGGCAAACGCCCUGAAUAUCUCCCUGCCCUUCUCUUUCAUCGACUUCUACAAGAGACACAGAGGACAGAGUGUGGAGGCCGCCCUGAGGAGGAGCAAUAUGAACAUUGUAAAGUGGUCGUCCCAGGGGAUGCUGCGGCUGACGCAGGAAGCGAUGACUGAGCUCUUCCAGCCCACCAUCAGCAAUAUUGUCAAACACAUAGAGGAGUUGAUGGGGAAGCCCGAAGUGUGCGGCGUGCGCUUCCUGUUCCUGGUUGGUGGUUUUGCGGAGUCGCCGAUGCUGCAGAAGGCCGUCCAGAAGGCACUGGGCAGGACCUGCCGGAUCAUCAUCCCCCAUGACGUCGGCCUGACCAUCCUGAAGGGCGCCGUUCUCUUCGGACUGGAUCCCACCGUGGUCAGGGUGCGACGGUGCCCUGUAACCUACGGUGUCGGCGUCCUGAACCGGUUCGUGGAGGGACGGCACCCUCGGGAUAAGCUCCUCGUCAAAGACGGCCGCGAGUGGUGCACGGACAUCUUUGACCGCUUCGUCUCCAUCGACCAGUCCGUGGCCCUGGGGGAGGUCGUCCGGCGAAGCUACACGCCGGCUCGGGUGGGCCAGCGCAAGAUCAUCAUCAACAUCUACUGCAGCGCCACGGAUGACGUCACCUACAUCUCUGACCCCGGCGUCAGGAAGUGUGGGACGAUAACCUUGGAUUUACCGGAACCACCAGCGGCGCCUGCAGCGGUGGGAGGAGCAGGAGCGGCGGCGGCGGCGGCGGCGGCGGCGGGCCCGGAGAGGCGAGAGAUCAGAGCCACCAUGCAGUUCGGGGACACGGAGAUCAAAGUGACGGCGGUUGACGUCAUGUCCAACAAGUCUGUCCGGGCCUCCAUAGACUUCCUGUCCAACUGAGGUUGGAGCAGCUCGAUGAGACGUGACUCGGACCAUCAGGGUGAACAUUUUCUCCACGUCCCUAAGUUUGUCCAUCCAGAGGAGACGAAACGACACAACCGUCCAGCAUUUCCUGCACAGAAACUCUUCAAAGAAACAGAUACACUCUUUGAUGGCAGAGAAAGAUGCAUUGCUUAUCCCCACUACGGAGUAUUUUAACCCUCAGACUGAAUUACCUAAAGACCUUAUCAACUAUACUACCUAGAGCGUUUAUUUUAUCCUCAUAUGAUACUCAAUACCUCAUUUAAAUCCUCUAAUGAAACCUUUCUGGACUGAUUUUUUUUUGUCUUCUCUAACAAGGCAGCGCUCCAUCUAGUGGUGAAAUGACGCAACUACAAGCUGGAAAAAAAAGUGUAUUUGCUGAAAGUGGUUGAGGAGGAAUGUGGCAUUAUCUUCAUUUGAAUGUCUUUUACAGUCUCAUACCACUCCUACUGUACAUUAGACAAACUCGCUUUGUUUUUUUUUAGCCCCAAUGAAACCAGGUCAAUUUCUAAAGCGUUUUACGAUGUUAUGUAGAACCUGCCUCGGUACAGUUGCAUCAGAGGUCAUGAUUGAAUCAGAUUCCUGACGGGUGUGCAGGGAGGGAAAAAAUAUAAAAAAAAAAAUAUAUAUAUAUAUAUAUAUAUAUAUAUAUAUAAAAAUAUAUGGAGACAGGCCGAUAGGAGACAAAAAAGAUAAAUAAAAAUCCAGAACAAAUCAGGCUUUUAAAACACCUCAGGAGGGAUUUAAGGCCUCUCCUCAGUACAGAAUACACUCUUCAAGCAUUUUCUGCAGGAUUGAGCUCUGGCUUGGAUCGCUGGAGGACCCAUUCGCUCCUCAUCCUCUGGACGAAACAAAGCUGUCGUUCUGGAAUAAGUGGUUCUGGGACGAGAACUUGUGAAAUUAAAUAAGUCCAACAACAAAAACCCACUUCUUCUUCUCCCGUGCUCGACUAUGAGGAUGCCGUUUCUUUGUGUUUAUACUCAGCCCUUGCCUUCUUCCUAUCUUGCCUGGUCUCACUGCAUCCUUUCACCAAGCUGAUCUCUCUCUCUCUCUGACGGCCUUCUCCAGCAGGGAGAGACUUCAGUCCAUUGGAGCUUGCCGUGUUACCAAAGGUGGUCCAAACUCCUUCCAAGUCAUUAUAUCAUUAAAUUCAUCCUUCAGAUUGCCUCCUCCUCCAAGUACUGGCACCAGCUGUUGCUGUUUCAUCACUAAGCCAAUACCAAUGGUCUUGUCAGCCUUGUGCAGAUCCAGAAUCUCGUCCCUGGCAUCGUUUGACAGCCGUUUGGUUCUAAGAGGCUAAUUUUUAAUGCAGGUCAAGGAUUUUCUGUCUCGUUUCUUAUAAACAGAAACAAUAGAAAUCAGAGACUGUUCUUUUGUGUUAAGCAAACUUAACAAGAAUCAGUGAGUAGUCAGAACUUUACCAACAGGAGAGCUUCAUGGAGCUAAAGAAGGACGGAAAUAAUACUUUCCCCUUUUUCUGUGCUUGACCCAAAACCCGAGUUCAUUUUUAAGACGAUCUGCAAAGAUGUCUAUCUGUAUAAAGUUGACUGACUGGACAUCAGGAACUGUUGGUGGAGCAGGUUUGAGUGUGAAGUCUGCAGGAAGUUUAUUACUAAGUAAGAAAAGCUUAUAAGAUUAUAUCGGGAGAGAAGGGUUAGAAACACUUCCUCAGCUGUACCUGAAAAACACAUGAAUUCAAAGUAAUUCCCAAAGGCACGACUUAACAUUGUUGGUGCAGAUAAAUAAAAUCAAAUGACAGAAGAAAAAAAGCCAAGUUUAAACGUCCUUUGGUCAGGCAGCAUCUUUUCAUGGAUGAUUCAUCAGCGUACGGUACGUCACGGAAAGGACGGUGUUUUCAGGCUAUAGCUUUAACUUCAAAAUGUAAAAAUAUUACCAACACUUCAGUUAUAGCUUCACCUGAGCACAGGACAUGAAAAAAA